UGCAACCAACUUUUUUAUUUCUCUUCAGCAUGAACGUUGGAGUAGCACACAGUGAGGUGAAUCCCAACACACGAAUUAUGAACAGCCGAGGCAUAUGGCUGGCCUAUGGCAUCUCUGUGGUCACUCUUCACAUCAUCCUUCUCAGCAUCCCCUUCUUUAGCGUCCCUGUGGUCUGGACCCUAACCAACGUCAUCCAUAACCUGGCGAUGUAUUGGCUCCUGCACAUGGUGAAAGGAACUCCCUUUGAAACUCCGGACCAGGGCAAAGAUCGCCUCCUGACACACUGGGAGCAGAUUGAUUAUGGUACACAGUGGACCUCUUCUCGGAAGUUCCUAAGCAUCUCACCAAUAGUCCUCUACAUCCUGACUAGCUUUUAUACCAAGUAUGACCCUGGGCACUUCAUAAUCAACACCACCUCCCUGUUGAGUGUUCUUCUACCUAAGCUUCCUCAGUUCCACGGUGUCCGCAUCUUUGGUAUCAACAAGUACUGAAGCAGGCCGAACCUUGGUACUGCUGAGACUUAACUGGAGGAGAAAUGGCUCCCAGCUCCAGUAACCUGGUGACAACCAAUGAUCACUGUCCUGAGACUCAACUAUGAAG